AUGUCGAUCUUCAAUGGCGUCGCGCUCGUGACUGGGGCUGCCUCAGGUAUCGGCCGGGAGACAGCUCUAUCCUUUGCACGAGAAGGAUGUAAAAGGAUUGUUAUAGUUGACCGUGAUGCCGACAAACUCGGUGACACAGAAGUAACCAUUAAAGAAACCUUCCAGGAUGUCCAGGUCCUGGCCGUGCCAACAGAUAUCUCCAAAGAGGAGGACAUUGAGAAGCUUUACAGUGAAACUAUUAAAGCAUUCGACAGAGUAGACUAUGUUGUCAAUGGAGCAGGCGUAUUGAGUAACAAUAAGAGGUCUCAUGAGUCUUCUCUUGAGGAAUUCGAUAUGAUCAACAAUGUCAACUACCGUGGAUGUUGGCUAUCAUCUCGCGCUGCCAUCAGGUGUAUGCUCAAGCAGGACCCUCUACCGACUCAUGACGGAAGACCUGGAGUUCGAGGAAGCAUCGUCAACAUCGCCUCACAACUGGGGGUAGUCGGGCGCCCAGCAGCACCGGCCUAUUGCGGGAGCAAAGCAGCCGUGAUUAGCAUGACAAGAUGCGAUGCUAUAGAUUACUCCAAGGAUCUCAUCCGCGUCAAUGCUGUUUGUCCUGGUCUUAUCGAUACAGCCAUGACCCGGCCUCAAGCUGAUGUCUUGAGUCCUGCCAUCAACAUCGCUCCAAUGGGUCGUAUGGGUAGCCCACAGGAAGUGGCUGAUUGCAUAUUGUUUCUUGCUAGUAGUAAAGCAAGCUUUGUUCAAGGAGCUGCAAUGAUGGUUGACGGUGGUUAUGUCAUUAAUUAG